UAUUUGUGUGAAUAACGUGUCUGUUUAAAGUGCAGAGUCUUGAGAGUUGAGACCCAAAAGAGGAAAAGACUCCACCUUUCAUCUUUAUUUCUCUUUCUUUUUGAUUUUCUGUUUGUCUGAUUCUCUCAGUGAAGCAAAGUUUUUGUUGAUCAGCUGAAAUCUUCAAUUAUAAGUUGGAUAGAAUGGUAGGCAAGAAGAGAAAAUCAAGGAGUUGGGUUGGGGUUGAUUAUCAAGAUGAAGCUGAUGAUUUGAGGUUGGAUAGGAGAUGGAAGAGAAGGUGCAUUGCUAUUCAAGAUUCCAAGCUUUAUUAUUCUGGGAAAGAUAGCUGCAUUAAAGGGGAAGAUGUAUGUUAUGAGGCUAAGUCUGCUACUGAAUUAACACAAGUUAACUGUGUUAAGCUUGAUGUUGAUGUCGAUGAUAAUGAUGCUGAUUCUGAUUAUAGAGAGUACCUGGAUAGUUUAGAUUUUGAAGCACUUGACGACGGUUAUGCUGGAAAUUGUAGGAAUGAAAGUGGCAAUGUUAGACUUGAUGUAAAUGAUUUGGAUUCUGAUUACGAGAAGUUUAUUGCUUUGGAAUCGGUUGUUGAUGGUAAAGUUGAUAAGUCUAGGUCUAUGAAUACCGGUGACACUGGAGCUGACAGGGCGGCAGAGGGCAUGAUGGUGAAUGAUGAAGAAAACAAUAUUAGAGUUGAUAAUAAGGACGACUGUGUAGAUGCUGAUUACAUGAACUUUUUUGUUUUGGAUGAUUCUGUUAAUGUAUCUGUGGAGAAUGAUCAUAGUAGGGAUGAAUUGGUAAAGAAAGCUUGUAACAAUGUCAGUUCUUUGUAUGAUAUCGAGUCUCAGAGUAAGGAAAUCCCUGAAAGCAAUAAUGAUAAAUCUAUUGAUGACGAAAGGGAUGUAGACAAAGAGAAGUUUGUUGAUGGGUCUGCUUUAAGACUGUCUGGUGAUGAUUCGGUUAAUGUAUCUGUGGAGAAUGAUCUUGGCGAGGAUGAAUUUGUAGAGGAUGUGUCUGCAAAUCAUCAUAUCAACAUUGGAAAAAUCAAUGCUUUAUAUGAUGCGGAGCCUCAGGCUAGGGCUUUCCUUAGAAGCGACAAUGUGAAACCUACAGAUGACAAAUUGGAUGCAGAUUUUGUUGAUAGGUCUACUUUAGGACCUUCUGGUCAGUGUACAAAUGAUAAGAACGAGAAUAAUAGUGAUGUUAAUGCAUUAGGCAAUAUGGAGUCUCAGAAAAAGAAAAUCCAUCGGAGCAACAAUAUUGAAUCUAAUGAUGACGGACCAGAGAAUGCUGCCGUUGCUGGAGGUUCUGUACCAACUAGGUCCACAGACAAUGAUGCUCAUCACAAUGAUGACGAUCUUCACUAUAAGAUGUUUCUAGAAAAUUUGAGGGUAGAAGGGAAAUCAUAUGUCCUUGAGGUUCCUGUCGGUACGACUUCUAAAAUUAUCGAAUAUGAAAUGGAUGAUAGAUCACAUGACAGGUUGAGAGCAAAAAAUCCUAAAAGAAAAUGUCACAGUCAAGAAGCUGCAGUGAAAACCAACCAUGAUUGCAGACGCAAGAUAGAACAUAAAAUUCUAGAUGAUAGCUACGAAGUUUUUCUGAAUUCUAUGAAAAAGGAGGGGAGAGAGAUGAAAUAUGAAAAGGAUGAUGGAUCACAUUACAGGUAUAGAGCAGAAAAUCCUAAAAGGAAACGUUGCAGUCAAGAAGCUGCAGUGAAAACCAAGCAUGAUUGCAAACGCAAAAUAGAAAAUAAAAUUGUGGAUCACAGCUAUGAAAUUUUUCUGAAUUCUAUGAAAAAGGAGGGGAGAAAUAUGAUAUUUACACCUGAAACUGGUGCAAAGGUAGUAUAUGACGAGGCUGAGUCGUCUGAUUCAGAAGUUAUUGUGAUGGACUCUGAUCCAUUUGCUAAUGAAAAGCGUACCCCUUUUGUUACUAAUGUGGAUGUCGAAGACAGCAAGUGGCUUGAGAGUUCUCCCAGAGAUGAACAUUCUUGGUUUAGGGAAAAGGUCACAGAAAUUCUCAGGCAACCGUUUGACCGAAGAGAGUAUGAUAAACUUUUUAGAGAAGCAUAUUUCAAGAAGCCAGCAUUUGUGGAAAAAGACAUGCGUAAUGGACGAACAAGACAUAUUAUAGGACAAGGAAUUAGCCAUUCAUAUCUUGACCAAUACAUAGAUCUUGGAAGAAAGGUCACUUCGGCCGGAAGUAAGCCUAAAGUUUUAAAUCUCUUGCGGGGAUUUUUCUUUUGGUUGCAAAACGUGGCACAUGAUGGAGUGUUUAAACCUUGGUUGGACUCAUCAUGCUUGGAAGUCUUGCCAUGUGGACGUUUGGUUGACGCCGUCAUGAUAUCUGAAGAUGAUAAAUUUGUAAAAUAGCUAGAAAAAGUAAAUUCUGGCAGGUACAGUUGUGAAGUGUGAACUGAACUAAUUUGCAUGACAUGUGGAAGGUCUGAAUGCAGUAGAAUUAAGUUUAUUGCUGAAGGUGAGUGAUGGAAUUUCUUAAAUAUCGCGAAGAAGUCACAACCUGGUAUUUGUUUUGUUUAUGUUAUAUGUAGCCGCAUUGUCUAAAUCGUGCUCAUACAGCAUCUUGAAUCUGGUCAUCAUUAUUAAAUAUAACGCGUGGCUUCCCCAUGCUGAAGUUUAAUA